CUGAGGCGGUCGGGGGGGCAGCGCCGCGGUGAAGGCCAUGCUGCUGGAGUGGUGCCGCGCCAGGACCCGCGGCUACCAGCACGUGGACGUGCAGAACUUCUCGGGGAGCUGGGGCAGCGGCCUGGCCUUCUGCGCCCUCCUCCACAGCUUCUUCCCCGACGCCUUCGACUACGGCGGCCUGGAGCCCGGCGCCCGCCGGCACAACUUCGCCCUGGCCUUCGCCACCGCCGAGGAGCGGGCGGGCUGCGCCCCGCUGCUGGAGGUGGAGGACAUGGUGCGGCUGCCGGUGCCCGACGCCAAGUGCGUCUACACGUACCUGCAGGAGCUGUACCGCUGCCUGGUGGCCCAGGGGCUGGUGAAGACCAAGCAGCGCUGA